AUGGUUGUUGAAAGCAAGUUCCUUUCGAACUUGCCUUUGGGCAAGGCAAACGAAGUUUUAACGAUUUUGCCACACUCAGCGGUAAUGACACGAUCUUCAUCAAUGGAUAGUGCAAAUCUUCCAUUAAAAGCUCAGCGACCAUCUCCAGUAGAACUGGCAAGACAAAUGAUAUUGCUAUGUCAGACUGGAAUGAGGUUGAUAUCAGAUAAUUUUAGACAAAUAACAUCAAAUGUAUGUCAGAUGACCAAAGAUCGUCACCAUUGGCAGAUUGAUGGAGAUGUCCAUGAUUGGGAUCAGAUGUCACUUCAACACCCUUCACAACAUGGGUCGUCGCACUUCAAUACAAUGCUUGUAAAAGAUGCGAAUGAUCGUCAAUCAAAUUAA